CUGUUCUAUGGUAAAUUCAAGUGUCAGCUGUUUUGAUUGCUUCGUUGUCAAAAAAAAAAAAAAAAAAAAAAAAUUAUUAUGAGAUGAAAAGUUCUUUACAUAAAUUUUAAAUUAGAAAAUUUUUAACAAUGGCUGAACUUUUAUUGGAUCCAAAUAUUCGAGGUUGGGUAUUUUUGCCCAUUGUCGUUAUCACAUUCCUCGUUGGAAUUGUAAGACAUUAUGUUUCCAUGUUAUUAGCCUCACAGAAAAAAAUCGAAGUCCAGCAAGUACAAGACAGUCAAGUAAUGAUGCGAUCGAGAUUAUUGAGAGAAAAUGGACAUUAUAUUUCAAAAUAUGGUUUCAAAACGAGAAAACAAUUUUUCAAUAAUGAAGAGACUGGCUAUUUUAAAACUCAAAAACGAGCACCAGUUUCACAAAAUCCAAUGACCGAUCCAAGUAUGAUGACUGAUAUGUUAAAAGGAAAUGUCACUAAUGUUCUGCCAAUGGUUCUCAUUGGAGGAUGGAUAAAUUGGAUGUUUUCCGGUUUUGUUACAACAAAAGUUCCAUUUCCUUUGACGUUGCGUUUUAAACCAAUGUUACAACGUGGAAUAGAAUUAACGACUUUGGAUGCUGCUUGGGUUUCCUCAGCAUCCUGGUAUUUUCUCAAUGUUUUUGGCUUGAGAUCAAUUUAUACUUUAGUUCUUGGUGAAAAUAAUGCUGCCGAUACAUCGCGACUUUUACAAGAUCAAGUGUCAGGCGCCGCAAUGUCAAUGCCACCUGAUCCAAAAGCCGCAUUUAAAGCCGAAUGGGAGGCACUUGAAAUUUGUGAUCACAAUUGGGCACUCAAUGGAAUUGAUACAACUCUCAUUGGUCUAAAAAGUAUUUCCGAUGAUAAUUCAUAUUAUCAAAGUAAAAAUACAUGAAAAUUACAGUUUCUUUUUAAGAAAAAAAAAAAUAAAUCACAAUAAAAUUUGAAAACGGGCACAAGUGUCAAAAGACAGAACUUUAAAAAGAAAAAAAAAAUUCUCUUCUAUCGGGAGAAUUUUUUUCUUUUAUCAAUUUUUUUUUUUUUCAUCACUAGUCCACAAGAAAAAUAUUAAUUUUUUAAUUAAUUUAAAUAAGUUAGAUAAAAUGAUUUUGAUGUUGUAUUUGUUGUGAAUGUAGAAUUUUGUAAGUCUAUUUAAAAACAAAAUAUACACGAGACUGUUAUAAAGAA